AGGCAGCUUGCAUAUUUCCCACGGACAAGCUGUCAGUUCCCAGUGUGGAGCUCCACCAAACGUGACACUGGUGGGAGUGUUUCAGGGGUUUGUGUCGUUUCAGAUCGUCUGCGUUCGGGCGACGCGCUGACAGCCAAGUGAACAAGAACGGACGGCAUUAUUCCAUUAUUAUCAGGGUAUAUGGGGUGAAUCGGGGAAUAACUUUUCCAUACAACAUAUAUCACGGUUUAUGAAGCUGUAAUGGGCUGAGGUGGCUCACCCCCUAUGAAGUCGCUACAUAGGAAUUCCGCCGUGGAGAAGCCGACCCUCCUGGCCCAUUGAAGGAGCUCCAACCUGCGGAAUCCCAGCGCCUAGAGCCCAGGAGGCUUGUUACAGACAAGUGGAGUCUUGGGACGAGACGAGACAACUUCGGCCUCGGCCUCCAAGCCGCGGAGGAAUAGGUCGGGGCGAGGCGUCCCAUAGCUACCCCUUGCCGUACGACCUGGCGCGCGGCUUCAGCUGUCAGUGCGUGCAAUAAUUGCAUUGAUACGUGUGCGAACUACCGUCUGUGACGAGAGUGAAGCACGUUGGUAUCUAUCCACGACGCUGUCUGCUCGGCCUCUUUUGGGUUGGCUGUUGGGGUCCAGCUGUGGCGGCCUCUAGUGUUGGAUGUUGGGGUCAGUUGUGACAGGUGCUAUAUUGGACAGCAAAUAUAGAGCUGGCCGCGGACAUAUCACAACGACUAAGCUCUGUUCCUUGACCGGCCAUUCCUAUAGGUGCUGUGGAGUUGCGAUGGAUUGAGGCGCCGUCGCAGCUGUGGGAUCACCUUCAAGGACCCAGGGCUGGGACAAGUUACAUCGCGACGAACUGGAUCCUCUCGCCAGUACAUGUCUUCCUCCGCGCCAAGUUAUGUAAAAUGAGGGAUGGCACGUUCUCCAUCUGCCUCUCCCAUUCGUAAUACUCAUCUCCGCUAUACACCGUCGUAACGCGCACGUAUACUGCAGCGCUCGAAACACUCGCGGCGCAUUCGCUCGCCUGUUAAGUCCAGAGCAAGUCCCUCCGUAUCCUGAGAUGCUAGCCUCGUCUCAAGAUCACGGGCCGCCUCCUCGCUCCCGUCGCCGCCUCGCCGGGGGGGACUAACUUUUUAUUUUGAAGACGCGAGGCCACGGAGUAUAAGAGGUGAAAGGCCUCGCUUUUCGUGUCCUGGUCUCGGUACGUCGCUGUGCUGGCCCCUGCUUCCGUCUUUAUUACCUUGGACCAUCAUCGAGUUGCGCUGGGAGCAUCGAACAAACUAUACCUUUCACUAUAUACCUUAAUUCGAACUUCUUUGCAUAUUUUUACUGCCAUUACCGCGUCUGCCGCUUUCAAUAGUUUUCAUUAUUCCGUUCUAUACCCUAUAGAAGUCUCCAUUGCGAUAGACAAGACCUGAAGGAAGCCUCUUUUUCCAACUUCGAGCCGCCCACAUACGCAUCAUCGAGGACCUGUCGUCUCUAAUUCGCCGUCUUCCCACACGACAAUCACGCAUCUCUACGAAAUCGCGCAUAAGCGUCAAGCAGGUGCUCUGCACGAACCCCGGCAGCAAUCACCUGUGGCUUUUGUUCCUGUCCGGAUACAGCCCAUAUCACUUCCACAACAGUCCGCAUCGGUCCUCGUGGUACAGUUACGUGCGAUCCUGCAGCAUCAAGACACGGCCAGACUAUCGAUUUGUUAGAAGCGCAUCUAUUAGAUCUAGCAAAUCACUAUCUCGCCGUUCCCGCCCCGCAAUCCCGCUCCGUUGGAACUUAUCCCCCGCCAUCUCGACUCAAUAAUCCCGCGAAUCUCGGUAUACGUACUGCUGCUACUCGUUGCCCCUCAGGGUCCAUCCGAUCAUUGUCUUUUGAAAUACGUCCCUUUUAUAUCGAACUACGGACGCUCCUAUUUCUCACAUUUGGCUUUUUAUAUAUAUUGACAUUUAUACCCUUCUCGACAUACUCUUAUUCGCCAAUAAUUAUAUACCUUUAUUCGACUUUCCCCAACCUCGCCUUUUCGAAUCCUCCGACUCCGGACGGACAUAGCGCGUUGCCUCCACAAUCUCCCCGCCAAUCUUGUCAUCUGAGUCCGCAGAUCCCACGGUUAUCAACACCGAGCGCUCCACCCCGAAUCUGCCUCCCACUAGCGAUACCAUCCACACAGUCGCAAUGUCCGAGUCAACACUCCUCCCUUCCUCCCUUCAUCCAACUCUCACGCAAUCGGACAACGUCCCGCCUCACAGUAAUGAAUAUACCCCAGCUGAAAAUUUAACCACAUCCUUGCCAGGACCCCAAGCGGUGAAGGACUCUGCGCCAUUUAGUGAUUCCGCCUUCGCUGGUGAAUCCGUGUUUCAGGCGCCCUCGAAACCGCUGCUGCCCUUGAACACAACAAAUAAUCCCCCGCAAAACCACAAUGAAGAACUUACGCCUCCUGCAACUGCCUUAGAAGAAAAAGCUCCACCAGUCGAGCCGACUGCCACCGACGGGAAUUUGUCACCGUUUCUCCAGCCCCCAAAGUCGUUCAAGAACCACCGCAACUCCGCACUAUCUGUGGACUCCAUACCCAGACAGACAAUCAUGAAGGCACUAGCCUCAUCUGGUCGAAGCACAAACCCAGAUGCCCCGAUGGUAUCUUCCCUAUCGGGCAUACUCGCAGCACAGAACGCGGGGGACAGCAGGCCUGGCACAUCCUCGUCACAGAAGCUCUCGGCAGCAUUAUCCGAGCUCGCUUCAAACGCUGCAAAGUCUGGUAGUACACCAGCAACCGCCCGCUUUCCCGCGUUGCAAUCACCGUGCUUCUACCACCAGCGCUUCGACGAUGCCGUGAACAUCGACAGGGUUCUUGAGGAGAUCAGCGGUGACGAGUACAUGACACACUCGCGCCUGAUGCAGACUGCCACGGGCGUGCGGGAGGUCUCAAAACAGCUUCAGCGACGCCCAAUCAAGCGUGCUGUCCGCAACGUCAUGAUUGUGACGAAAGCAAGGGACAACCAGCUCGUCACCCUGACCAGGAACCUGGCCGAGUGGCUCCUCAGCACACCCCGCUAUGGAUCAGAUCUGGGCGUAAACGUGUACGUCGACGCGAAGCUGCGCGACUCUAAGCGCUUCAACGGCGCGGGUCUAAUUGCAGGAGAGUCACGUUUCCAGCACAUGCUCAAAUACUGGUCACCAGAUCUCUGCUGGAGCCAACCAGAGAAGUUCGACCUCGUACUCACACUUGGUGGUGAUGGUACCGUGCUAUUCACCUCAUGGCUCUUUCAACGCAUCGUUCCCCCUAUUUUGUCCUUCAGCCUCGGCAGCCUCGGCUUCCUGACCAACUUCGAGUUCGACCAGUACAAGUCUCACCUCAACAAAGUAAUGGGUGACGAGGGUAUGCGCGUCAACCUGCGCAUGCGCUUCACCUGCACAGUAUACCGCGACGGCGCGAACGGACAGGAUAUGGAGGAGGGCGAGCAGUUCGAGGUCCUCAACGAACUGGUCAUCGACCGCGGACCAUCGCCAUAUGUCUCGAACCUCGAGCUGUACGGCGAUAACGAGCUCCUCACUGUCGUCCAAGCCGAUGGCUGUAUCUUCUCCACUCCCACUGGCUCAACGGCCUACUCUCUCUCCGCUGGCGGCUCUCUAGUCCACCCCGAUAUCCCCGCCAUCCUCCUCACCCCCAUCUGCCCGCACACCCUCUCCUUCCGCCCGAUGGUCCUCUCGGACAGUCUCCUCCUCCGUGUCUCCAUCCCCAAGAACUCGCGCGCAACAGCCUACUGCUCCUUUGAUGGCAAGGGCCGCGUCGAGCUCAAGCAGGGCGACCACGUCACCAUCGCUGCCUCGCAGUACCCUUUCCCGACUGUGACGCGCACGGGCGCCGAGUGGUUCGACAGCGUGUCUCGCACGCUGCGGUGGAACACCCGCGGCGCGAUGCAGAAGGGGUGGAGCGGCGAGGAGGGGAAGGAGGAUGAGGAGGAUCAGGGAUGGGAUAUCGAUACCGAUUCGGGGUUCUAUGGAAGCGAGGGGGAUAGCAGCACGGCGAGCCCGUUGAGAAGGCAGAUGAGUUUGUUGGGAAUGUGAGGGGUUUGUCGGCGGUGAUGGAUGUGGGAUUGGAUGGGACGAUGUUAGAAUUCUAGAGAGGUCCUCGGGCACGCUCGUUAGGACAUUGUUGGGCGUUUUUGGGGGGGUCUAUAGGGACUUUUUACUGUUUAUAUCGCCGCGAGGACAGAGCUCGCUGGCUAGAUGGUUCGAUAUGAAUGUAUAUGAUGGCUAGGACCGGAAACGGCGCCAGCCUGAGCGAGGCUGGAGCGAGCUGGUCUCCACCGUCUGUUUUUCUGAUUCACUACUUCUGUUCAUGAUGAUGAUCGAGCGUGUUGUGGCUAAGCUCGCUUCAAAUUUGAAAAGGGGCAACCACCCCCAUCGUCUAUAUAAGGCUCAGAACUCCACGUCACAUCACAUACGACCAUAGACUCAAGAGAAUUGGGCAUCCCGUCCGCUCUGCCAUACACAAGCUUGUGUAUCCUCUGGAUAAUAGUCUCAAUCGUGCCAAUAGGCAUAGCGUGGAAUCGCGACCCCUUGCCGCCUGAAAGGGUGAGGCGAGGGGUGAGCAGGGUGAGCAGGGUG